AUGAGCAUCAAGUUCAAUGUGAAUGGACUCCCCUACGAGGUGCAGGCGGCGGACUUCGCCCCGGACACCACCCUCAACUCCUUCCUCCGGGAGCACCUGCAUCUUACGGCCACCAAGUUCAUGUGCCUGGAGGGUGGAUGCGGCUCCUGCAUCUGCGUCAUCCGCAGACGCCACCCGGUCACCCAGGAGGUCCAGUCCCGGGCAGCCAACUCUUGCCUGACGCUUCUGAACACCUGUGACGAUGUGGAGAUCAUGACGGAUGAGGGGCUGGGCAACCAGCUGAGUGGCUACCAUCCGAUUCAAAAGCGCCUAGCUCAGAUGAAUGGCACCCAGUGCGGCUAUUGCUCGCCAGGAUUCGUGAUGAACAUGUACGGAUUGCUGGAACAGCAACGCGGGCAGGUGAGCAUGUCCCAGGUGGAGGAUGCCUUUGGGGGAAACCUCUGUCGUUGCACUGGCUACCGACCCAUCCUGGAUGCCAUGAAGUCCUUCGCAGUGGACAGCACCAUAGAGGUUCCCCCCGAGUGCGUAGACAUUGAGGACUCCUUCGAGCUUCUCUGCCCUCGGACAGGUCAAUCCUGCAAGGGCAGCUGCUCGAGACCUCCUCUGAGGGAUCAAGGUGAGGGAGGAAGCUCCUGGUACUGGCCCAAGUCGCUGGCAGAGCUCUUCUCGGCCCUUGGUCAGGUGAAGAAUGGAGAAGCCUAUAUGCUGGUUGCUGGCAACACUGCCCAUGGAGUCUACCGGCGACCCAAGGACAUCCGACACUUCAUCGACGUGAACGUGGUGCCCGAGCUGAAGCAAUACAGCAUCGAGGCGGAUCACGUGCUCCUCGGUGGGAAUGUCACUCUAACGGAUGCCAUGCAGGUGUUCCUGCUAGCCGCCAAGAGGCCCGGAUUCGAGUAUUGCGCCCAGUUGUGGCAGCACUUCAACCUGAUUGCCAAUGUGCCGGUGCGAAAUAAUGGCACUUUGGCGGGAAACAUAAGCAUCAAGAAGCAGCAUUUUGAAUUUCCCUCCGAUGUGUUCAUCACAUUCGAGGCGCUGGAUGUGCAUGUCCUGGUCUACGUCAAUCCCAGUGCCCAAAGGGUGAUGAGCCUGCUGUCGUAUCUCAGCGAUACAACCUCCAAGCUGGUGCUAGGUGGCUUUAUCUUAAAAGCCUAUCCAAAGGACAGAUUUCUAUUCAGAUCUUACAAGAUUUUACCAAGAGCCCAGAAUGUUCAUGCCUAUGUGAAUGCGGGAUUUCUCAUUGAAUGGCAGGAUCUUCAGCGCAGGAUUGUGGCCUCCGCUCGCAUUUGUUUCGGAAACAUCCGUCCGGAUUACAUACACGAUGACCUAGUGGAGCAGCUACUCCCCGGCAGGGAUCUCUAUGACCCCGCCACAAUUGCCCAGAUCUUUCAACAACUUCCAGCUAGCCUUCAACCCGAGGAGCGGCCACCAGAAGCCUCUCCGGAGUAUCGUCAAAUGCUGGCGUGCUCCUUGCUCUACAAGUUUCUGCUGGCCACCGCACCCAGGGAGCGCGUUCGAGAAAGAUAUCGCACAGGAGGUUUGCUUUUGGAGAGACCUCUAUCCUCGGGCAGCCAAUCCUUUGAGACCAUCAAGAAGAACUACCCGGUCACCCAACCUGUGCAGAAGUUGGAAGGUCUCAUCCAAUGCUCUGGAGAGGCCACUUAUAUGAACGAUCUGCUGACCACUUCGAAUUCUGUGCACUGUGCCUUUGUGACCGCAAAACGUGUUGGGGCCACCAUCGAGCAGAUAGAUCCUUCCGCUGCCCUUCAGUGUAAGGGAGUUGUGGCUUUCUACUCCGCCAAGGAUAUUCCGGGCUCCAACAACUUUGUUCUAGUGGAUCAGUUUACCCCGGAGGUGGAUGAGGUCUUUGCUGCUGGACAGGUCAAGUACUAUGAUCAGCCUUUGGGAGUGAUUGCUGCUCUGACCCAUGAUACAGCUGUCUAUGCUGCCACUUUGGUGGUGGUCACAUAUGCCAGGGAUCAGCGGAAGAUCUACACGACCAUGAACCAAGUUCUGGCCGAAAAGCAAACCGAUCGGAUUGUAUGCCUUAAAAAGGAAAUUAAGGAUCCUCUCAAGUUGCCUCCUCUGGCACCUGGCGAUGUCCUUGGACGAGGCAUCCUGGAACUGGAGUCGCAGUACCACUUCACCAUGGAGCCACAAACAACAAUUGUGGUUCCCUUGGAUAACAUCCUGCAGGUGUACUGCGCCACCCAGUGGAUGGAUGCCACCCAGGGAGCCAUUGCCCACAUGCUGCGCAUCAGUGUGAAUUCUGUUCAGCUCCAAGUUCGACGAGUGGGUGGCGCCUAUGGCGCCAAGGUGACUAGGUGCAAUUUGGUGGCCUGCGCUACCGCCUUGGUGGCCUCCAAGCUGAGAAGACCUGCCCGGUUUGUCCAGACCAUCGAAUCCAUGAUGGAGACUCUCGGCAAACGAUGGGCUUGCCGAUCGGACUACGAGUUUCGAGCGAAGGCGAAUGGAUCCAUCAUCAUGUUGACCAACAAUUACUACGGGGAUGCUGGUUGUAAUCUUAAUGAGAACGUGGUGGACUUUCUUACGCUGCCAAUUCUGAGAAAUGUUUACAACCUGACCGAUUCGAACUACAGGGCCCAAGGCAGCGCCAUCAGAACAGAUGCCCCCAGUUCCACUUGGUGUCGAGCUCCUGGUUCCGCAGAGGGAGUUGCCAUGACGGAAACUGCUUUGGAACAUAUUGCCUUUACCCUCCAACUAGAUCCUGCCGAUGUUCGCUUGGUUAAUCUUAUGCCGGGAACCAAAAUGGUGCAGCUGCUACCAAAGUUCCUGGCCUCCACGGAGUACCGUAAACGGCGCGACCAGAUUAAUGUAUUCAACACUCAAAACCGAUGGCGCAAAAGAGGUUUGGGAUUGGCUCUAAUGAGCUUCCCGUUAAACACUACCGUGGCCUUCAACUAUCCCGUCACGGUGGCUAUUUACCAUGAGGACGGAUCGGUGGUGAUCUCUCAUGGUGGAAUUGAGAUUGGCCAGGGUGUCAAUACUAAGGCGGCCCAGGUGGCUGCCUUCGUACUCGGAGUUCCUUUGGAUCAGGUACGAGUGGAGGCGAGCAACACGGUCACUGGAGCCAAUUCCAUGUUGACGGCCAACUCGAUGACCAGCGAGAUGAUUGGACUGGCGGUAAGGAAAGCAUGUGACACUCUGAACCAGCGAUUGGCUCCUGUGAAGGAAAGACUUGGACCUCGGGCCACCUGGGUGCAGGUGCUCCAGGCGGCAUAUCUACAGUCCGUCUUUCUCAUCGCAACGGAGUCGUACAAGUUGGGUGACAUACCCAACUACAACAUCUACGGACUAAGUCUCACCGAACUGGAACUGGACAUUCUGACGGGCAACCAUCUGAUCCGCCGGGUGGAUAUCCUGGAGGAUGCCGGGGAGAGCCUGAGUCCACACAUCGAUGUAGGUCAAGUGGAGGGCGCCUUUGUAAUGGGCCUGGGCUACUAUCUCACGGAGCAGCUAGUCUACGAUCGUCAGACCGGACGAAUCCUGACGAACCGUACCUGGAACUACCAUCCUCCUGGGGCCAAGGACAUCCCGAUCGACUUUCGCAUCGAGCUGCUGCAGAAGAGUCCCAAUCCCGUGGGAUUCAUGCGGUCCAAGGCUACGGGGGAACCAGCUUUGUGCCUGGCUGUCGGAGUGCUCUUCGCCAUGCAGCACGCCAUACAGUCGGCCAGGAAGGAUGCGGGUCUUCCCAGAGAGUGGGUGCGGUUGGGGGCGCCUACUACUCCGGAGACGGUGGUCCUGAACUCUGGAAGCCAGGUGGAAUCUUUCGUUUUAAAAUAA